UACAUCGCGUAUAGUGUGCGUAUUAACGACAGGAAGUGAAUUCUAUGGCGCAUCUUAUGCGUUUUCCUCGAAGGAAAAUGGCUACCAGCUGUCACUAUCGGAAAGUAGUUUAACUUAUAAAAUAAAUCUAGAUUAAUCAAUAACCUACAUUAAUAAACUAUAUUUAUUAAUUGAUGCGGCGCAAUUAAAUUGUAAACAAUUUGUAAUUAAAAAUAUAACAAUAUCGGGUAUAUUAUCUCUACUAUAAAUUGUUUUAUGUGCCAUGAAAAUUCUCUACAACUCGACUGUUUACAGUUCUUAAUUCGUGUGAACUUAAUGAAGCUUUUUCGACUUACGAUAAAUUUAAUGACUUGAAAAAUAACAUUUUUACUAUCAAUUUAAAGUACAAAACUAUAAAAUAAAUAAGUUUCUAUCCGUUUUCCAUCACGAAGGGUUAAUAUUCAGUGAAUUAUUAAAAUAAGUUUAAUUUCUCGCUGAGUUAUACAAAAAAAAGGAACAGUCAUGGGUUCCAGUCAACAGUUUUCUCUUAGGUGGAACAAUUACCUGAAGCAUAUAACUUGUGCUUUUGAGACAUUAAGGACUGAUGAAGAUUUAGUUGAUGUAACAUUAAGCUGCGAAGGCAAACGGAUCAGAGCACACAAAAUGUUACUGUCAGCAUGUAGUACAUAUUUUCGUGAUUUAUUCAAGGAAAACCCGUGUCAACACCCAGUCAUAAUAUUCAGAAAUGUCAAAUUUGACGACCUAGCAGCUUUAGUUGAUUUUAUGUAUCAAGGAGAAGUUAAUGUAGUACAAGAACAGUUAGCUAGUUUUCUUACGACAGCAGAAUUAUUAGCAGUUCAAGGACUUACUGACGGAACAGGAAAGGAUAAUGAUAGUGUAACAGAGGAGGACGUGGAAUUGCCCAAUGAGCCAGAAGUACAGCUUCAAAAUCCUGCAGGCAAACACAUGACAAAUAACAAAGGAGGUAAAUCGCCAUCAUCACCAAUGCAAUUUCAUUCAAUUGAAUUACAACCUGAAAUACCACCUGCAAAGCGCCGAAAAUAUCGUGACAGUGGAUUAUCAAAUGCUGAUAAAUCUGGUACUGGAUCGAAAAAAGAUUUAAAUGACAAAUUAAAUGAAAAUCAAGUAAAUACCACGGGUUCUAAUCCCGUGGAAAUAAUACCUCUAAUGCCAAAUUUAAAAUUGGAAAUACCAGAGUAUCUAGAGCAAGAUACCAGUAGUUGUAGUUACGAGGAACAAAAUACUGGAGAUGGUUCAGCGAUUAAAUUAGGUGACGAUGUUUUAUCUAAUACUGUAGAUGAGGAGCACAAACCCGAUAUAAGUCAAACAUUUUAUUCAAGUCAGUCAUCCGAUAUUCCUGAUGUUAAGCAUGCAGCAGCAACAGCAGCUGCUGAUAUAGGACACUUACUCUCGAAACCUAGUACAUCGAGUGAGCGAAUACCUCAAGAAGCAGCUCAAGAUUCACGUACAGUGGUCAUCGAACAACCGUCGCAUUCUUGCAAACUCUGCGGUAAAUCAUUUUGGAAUCGAGACUCUAUGUAUAAACACAUGAACAUGCAUAAGGGAACAACUCAAUGUCCUGUUUGCCACAAAGUGCUGAGUCGUACUACGCAUAUGAAACGUCACUUAAAAAAUCGCCAUGGAUGGUUAGGAUUUGGAACGGUUACUGAUACAACCACCGUUCGCAAUGCAACCCAAUUACCCACUGUAACAUCAGCAGCUAUUGCUCAACAGAAUGCCAAUACGGCGAAUACUGAAACAAAUGCAACAUUUACUACAAUACGAAUAAGAGAGAGCAGUGUUGAAAGAAUUACCUCUAGUCCUAUUCCUUAGUGUGGAUUAUUAUCAUCAUCAAUGAAGACAACACUAUUGUGUUAAUAACGUUGCCUAUAUCUUCUUCUUCUUCUUUAUCACACUAGUCAUUCGUACACAUAUUUUCAUGUGUAUGUAUGUGUAUUUAUGUAUAUGUGUAAUAUAUCAUACACUUAAACAUAAUAACACUAUUAACACAUUUUUAAUUACACACAUAUAAAAUUAUUAUUAAUUUUAUUAACUCAAUGAUUGAUUGAUUGCUUGUUUAUUAUAAUUAUUAUUAUCAUUCUUUUAUAAUCAAUGAUAUAAGGAGGAAAAAAGCCAAUUUUAUCUAGUCACUUUACUUCUCAGUACUUAAAGUAUAAAGAGGAAUGUGCAUUUUUUUUUUUUUUUAACAUAAGCGAGGCUUUACUUCCUAGUCCCCGAACUACUGCCAAAGUUCAUUUAUUCAAAGAUUACAUAUUAUUCUUUUUGUUUGAUUUCUUUUUCUUAUUUUAGUUAUUUUGUUAUUCACUGAAUAACAUUUUUUUUUUUAAUUUUAUUAUACCAAACAUAAUAUGGUACUAUUCAUUUUAUUGUUGUGUUGUUUUAUUUUUAAUGCAAUAUUAUUUUUAGCAAUACCAUAGUUAUCCUUUUCUCUUUUAGUACUUGAAAUAAAAAAAAGGAAAAAAAAUAACCCACCAAUUUUUGGUAGUAUAAGAUUUAAAAAAAUAUAUAUUAUUUAUAUUUAAUAACUAUUACAAUUAUUAAAUAACUUGCCAAAUUUAAUCAUUAAGUUUAAUUUAGUUUUAAUAUUACUAUUUAGAGUAGAAAAAUCAUGCAAAUGUAGGCAAAGAUUAAAACCAAAUAGUUUUUUUUUUGUUUAAAAAAACAAUAUUAUGCGAAUAUUAUGAUUUAUUAAUAAGAUAUAUUAUGAAAAGAGGCUAUUUAAUUAUACUGCAUCCCAAAGAUUUUAUUUCAUAGUGUGCAAUUAAAGCAACUAAAGAAGUGACAACUAAAUAGUUUAUAACUUAGAUGUUUUCUAUUUUCAAUUAUUAUUAUUAUGCAUUGCAGUAUGAUAAUUAUUUUCAUUUAUAUUAAUAUAAAUGAAUGUUUGUUUUAUUUUUACACACAUUUUAGUAUCUUAUGGAUUUAUUGAAAAUAAAGUUAACAAUUAAAUGAUAUAGCACAUUCCUCCUAAAAGAGAGAAAAAAAAAACAAAAACAAAUAAUACAAAUAAGUGUAAGGUUGCCAAGAAAAUUUAAUAUCUAUAAGAUAUGUCUUUAGUUAAUUAUUUUUAUUUAAAUUUAUAUAUAAAUAUAUAAUUCAAACAUAUAUCGUAUAGCAUAAUCCCAUGUUUGACUUAUUAAUAGGCAAUUAAUGUAAGUGAAGAAAUGUGUGAAUAAAGUUCUAAAAUGUCAA